CCAUUGAACGAAUGAUGAACUCCUUUUGGUGGUGUGGCAAGGGGAUAAAUUCUACCGGUAUCAAUUGGAUGUCUUGGCAACGCUUAACUAUCCCCAAAAAAAUUGAAGGUCUGGGUUUCAAGCAGCUUCAUGGCUUCAAUGUGGCGAUGUUGGGAAAGCAAGGGUGGAGAUUUCUAAUGCAACCGAAGGCUUUGGUUUCACGUGUGUUUAAAGCAAGAUACUUCCCAAAAUCCUCCUUUCUUGAGGCGGGGUUAGGCUCUAAUCCGAGCUACUCUUGGCGGAGCAUCCUUGCAGCCCAAGAUCUACUAAGAGCUGGAGUUAGGCGACGAAUUGGAGAUGGGAGAAAAACUCUGAUUUGGGGUCCUCCUUGGAUGGCGAGUCAUGGUAGUUCAGUUGUGGAUUCAUCACCACCACCGUUUAUGCCAAAUAUGUCAGUACACUUCCUUAUUGAUGAGGGUGGCAAUUGUUGGAGAAUGGAGGUGGUGCGGCAGUGGUUUCCUCCUAUAGUUGCGGACAGAAUUUUGAGAACCCCUUUCUCUGUUUCACACGAGGAUGGGUGGUUCUGGGCUAGUACUUUGCAUGGAGGCUACAGUGUUAAGGAUGGCUAUAGGAGGCAUGUUGGAGAGGUUGAAGCAGCAGCAAAUGAGGUGAACUGGACACGUUGUUGGCAUAUCCCAGUUGCACCGAAAAUCAAGGUUUGUCUAUGGCGAACUAUCAAAAAUAUUUUGCCAACCAUCUCUAACCUUAAUACUAAGGGACUUAACAUUGUGAAUGUAUGUCCUAUUUGUGGUUUGGGUGAGGAGACGGUUGAGCAUUUAUUCCUUCACUGUACUUAUGCGGUGACAAUUUGGGCCCGGUUGGGUUUGCGUGUUAUUCGUGAAGGGAGCACUUCGGCUCAUGCCUGGUUUCGAGAGGUGGUGCAGACAACCUCUCGGUCAGAAUUGCAGCUAUUUGCUUUGGCUAUUUGGGCGUUAUGGAAACCCCGCAAUGCUGCAGUUUGGCGGUUUCAAGUUCCUACACCCUCGAGCACGGUAUGUCUUGUUACUAAAACUCAAAAAAGUUGGUCUAGGAGUGCUUCUAGUCGGGUAGUUGGGCUGCCUUUACCAUAUCCUAGGCCGGUAAGAUCAGGAGCUUUCAAAUUGUUUGUGGAUGCAGCUUUAUUCCCCCCUUCUUCUAUGGUUAGCUUUGGGUGUGUUCUCUUUAACCAUGAUGGCUCUUUCUUUGCUGCGUUGAAUGGAGAAUUAGUAUAUGGCGGAGUGGAUGAAGAUUCCGAGAUGAGGUCAUCAAUGUCCGGCGGCAAAAACUUCUUCCAGACAGCAUCCGAAUCCGACGCCGAUUUGAAGUGCCUGGAAAUGACACAGAACGCGGCGGCGUCAGGCGGCGACGUGAGGGAAAUUAUUCCAGAGAUGCAAUCCAGCGGCAACUUGUAGAAGUGGUCCAUAUUGGACUUCUUCGAUCGGAACUUUAAUUAAUCGCAGAUACUCUAAUAAGAACGAAGCAAGCACUUAUACUUAUAAUUGUUGAAUUAAUUAAUUACGAGUAAAUCUUUUACAGUUGG